CCUAAUAUAAGAAAGUUCAAAACGAUAUGCCAAGUUCAUAAGAUAUUCUUAUGUCUUAGUGGGGGCAAUUGUGAUAUAAAUGCAUAACAUAAUAGACAGAGAUAAGUUCUCAGAAAUGUUAGUCACUACUUUUUGUUAUAAUCACUCAAAUAUAUCACCGUGUCUCCAUUUUCCCUGCCAUUAGUAGGCUUUCUGUCCGCCAUAUUGGAUUUUACGUAAAUGACCCCGCGCCAUAUUGGAGUGGGGCCAAAACAAUCAAAUAUUUAAGCUAUGAGCAAAGUCUCAUUUCGUGCUCGACAAAUAGAUUUUAACAAACCAUUACCUAUCCUGAAGCAUGGUUCCGAACUAUUUCUUGAGAUUAGUGAAAAUGCACUGGUCAAUCGUGGCGUUCCACAGAUACCCAGCGGGAUGGAGAAGGAAGAGGAAAAUGAACACCACUUUGUGGAAGUUAUCCAAGCUUUGCAACUUCGUGCCGAUUCAGACGUAAAAAUACCCGUACCUGAAAUAAUUGACAAAGAGAAUGAAUACAAGAGGGUUUAUCCAGAUGGCUUUAGUCUCCCAAAGCAACUAUUACAUAUCAGGACAAUUGUAUUCUCGGAAGAGGAACCAGUUGAAUAUGAUAUGGAUAGUGAGGAUGAAGAAUGGUUUCGACAAAGUGAUCUGGGUAUCACUCCUGAGAAAUUUGAAUAUAUGAUAGACCGUCUAGAGCGUGGUUGUGGUCAAAAGGUUAUGAAUCUUGAAGAAGCAAAGUAUCUCCUCCAAGACCAUCCAUCACUCGUUAUCGCCGUAUACGAUUAUUGGCUCAACAAGCGUGUUCAGUCAAGACAGCCAUUGCUUUAUGCUGUUCGGCAAGAACGCCGCGAUGGGGGCAGUAAUACCGACCCAUACGUGGCUUUCCGGAGACGCAGUGAAAAAAUGCAGACCCGUAAGAACAGGAAAAGCGAUGAGCAGUCGUAUGAAAAGAUGUUGAUUUUACGGGAACAGAUGGAUUCCUUGGGGGAGAUCCUUGGUCGCCUUGUUAAGCGUGAGGCAGCGAAAGAAGCUAUAGUCAGCUGUGAUUAUAGAUGCUUUCAAUUAAGAUGCAAGCUGUGCGACUGGGAGGGUUCAGAUCUCCUCGAGGCUGAAAAUUUGGUGCGUAAGUUUGAUGACAAUGAGGAAAGUGCAGUAACAGAAAAGCCUAUAAAAGACAACAAAAAGCGUCCUAAUCGGAAACGGAAGCUGGCCAGGAGAUUCAACAAUCUUCCGAAUCCUACAAGUUCUGAUGAGGUUUCCGACAAUGAAGAUAGUCAAGAUGGACCAUUUUCCUUUGUUCGGACUCCUGGUUGCAGAUAUUUGAAGCCAAGGCCUUUGAUGGAGGAAUGCCCUAUGCUGCCCAGCUCUCAUCCUUUCCGCCCACCCUAUUCCUGCUACACAUUGGCGACAGUUCCAUGGCUGUGUAAUACGAAGCAUCCUACAUAUACUGGUUACGUAAGACGUCGCCUCGGUCGGGGUGGUCGGGUAAUUUAUGAUCGUGUUGCGGCUCCUGCAGCACUUUCUUCUUAUCUUGAAUCCUACAAUGCCAGUUUGCAGUAUACGGACCUACCUAAUGCAAGACAUACACCUUCAGAUUCCUGUUGGCGACAAUCACGAACAAAAGAUGUUGCUUUGCUUGAUAGGUUGAAGACUUCCAUUCUAAGUUCUCAUCGCGGACGUCCGUCAUUCGCUUGGCCCAUUUGUAAAAAAAUCUACCCUCCAAUGAACUUUGAACCCCUAAAUAGUGAGUCCGAAAGGUCUCCACAUCCUCACUCCUCUCCUCCUCUUCCACAAAAAAUGGAUCCUCCUGAAACUCCAAUCGAGAGCAUCAGUGAAGUGCCCCUAGAUGGAGUUGGUCAAGAUGAAAAACGUGAGUUAACUGAUAUUCCCGAUGAUAACUUGUCGACUCAAGAAAAGCAUUCUCCUUUGCAUCUGACGAUCGACCAAACAUCAAAGAAAUCAGUUAACACACCAUCGACGGCCAUGGUGAGCCUUUUUUAUUUGUUCUCUUUUUCUGCUUUUUGAGUUUUACAAUUUCAGAAUUUUGAGGGAUACUUACAUAAUGUAUGGCGUUUGUGCAGUAUAAUUUCAGUCGUUCAUAUUAUAUGACUGCAAUGAAGAUUAUUCAUUCAACCUUUCCGUAUUAUCAGGUUUAUAUGUUCUAUAACUUAUGAUAACAUGGUUUUGCAUUUGUGAUUGUUAAAAACUAAAUUUCUUUGGGCUUGCUUCAUAUAAAUAUAGCUUCCCAACACAUAUUCAAAUAUGCUUCAACUCUCGCAACCAGUAAUAUUGCCCAAGCCUAGCAAUAGUGUGGUAGAAAACCAUCGCCUAUGGCGGAAGUUGGCAAGGCCGUAUAAUGCUACCCUUCAGCCUUCCGAAUUUCCCAGGUCGCUUGGGGCUGAGGUCUCGUACAGCACAUCCAAUGGCAAUUGUGUCUCCUCAUCAGACAACAGAAUGCUGCUUACAGAUCCUUCACUCUUGCCACCACCUAAAGUGCGCUGCCUAACUCGUGACUGUGGGUCUAGAGAUUCAAAAGUUCCUGGACCUCAGCUACAUGCCACAAAUGGAGUGAGCCCAACACAGAUCUUUCAACUUCCGACAUAAUUAUUCAAACAUUGCAAUAUUAGAUUUAUCUGUCUGUGGUUCUAUGUUAGCAUUUAAUCAACUCUUCACUUUAAUUUACAAGUAUUACCUCAUUAACCUCUUUAUAGCCAAUUUAUUUACAAUCCCAGUGGUACUCAAAACUGCGAUUUUGAGACUCUUUAAACUUUAUGUUAUUGCGCAUUAGCGCAUCAGUUGUACAUAGGGCCUUCAUGGCCACCCCCUUCAUUCCCCUGUACAUUAUCCCCUUUUCGCGCGAGCGAGCUUGUACAUUUUGUCGGCGCAUAGCGUCAUGUGUCAUAUUUGAAUCAAUGCAUAAUCUGAAUGAUUUCUUUUCUUUACUCUAUGUGAGAUUAUGAUAAAUUGGUUUGUAUCGUAGUAGUGAAUAUUUUUGAUUGUAUGGUAAUCUAUUAAUGAGUUCUUAGUGUUAAACAAUAUCUCAAUAGGUUUCAUACACCCACAAAAAGUCUUCAGAUUCUUUGGACAUUAUUCGGGUUUCAGCAAAUGAGCUAUUGAGAAAGAGUGAACUCAAAAGUAGUCGAAUUUUUGUGAGUAUAUUCACAAUAGCUUCCAUUAACAUGGGCUGAGUAGAUUUUUUGAUCCUAUUUUUCAUGUCCUAGUGUAAUUUGGAGAUUUCCGGCUUUUUAUGAUGUGAAGUGGAUUAACUUGUAACAACAGAUGCAUCACAUUUUGUCAUUUUUCUCCUAGGUUGUUAAGCUAUAUUAUUUAACUCCACUUUUACAGUAUCAUGUGUUCUAGGCGGUUCCUACUUUAUUCUCGUGUAGUGCAUUGGUAAACACGAAAUUCUAGUUGUGGUAAGUUGUGAGAUGGCUG